UUGCUCUGACUGGGAGAGAUGCCAGAUACGGGCACACCUCCUGUCAUCCCUGCCGAUCUCCAACCAUACAACUCGUACGUUCAGGACCCGAAAUGGCAGCGCAAGUUCUCCAUCAUCUGGCCUUCCGUUCUCGCCUUUUUCGUUCUUCUCUCCUUGCCCCGCGUUAUUAGGGCCAUCAAGAAACGUAGGGCGUUCACUGGUGUUUUUGGCGUUUGGGAAGAUUUGGGUGGUGGUUCGUCGACCAGGGUGUAUGAGUCGCUUGGCGAUACGCCUGUCGCCGGUGGAAGGAAGAAGCGGUGGGAUUCCGGGGUUGAGAAGUUUUUGAGUGUCGUUGGGAGUGUUGCGUAUUGGAGUUUACCGGGGUUGGGGUUGAAUGCUGCGCAGGUCGUACUUGUGAUUGGGUACUUGGUGACUGUGAUACUAUGUAUGGUCCUCCAAGCUCCCCUAGCGAGCAACUCGAAUCGCCCAGGUUUCAUCGCAUUAGCGCAAUUCCCCGUAGUCUUCCUAUUCGCAACCAAGAACUCCAUCGUCUCCCUCCUCCUCGGCCCAGGGAACGGGUACGAGAAGCUCAACUUCAUUCACCGCUGGUCGGGAAGGGCCAUGUUCUUCGGUGCCCUCCUCCAUGGGUCGCUGUGGAUCCAGAAUCAUCUUACGUGGAAUUUACCCAUUUUGGGUCAGCAGAAGGAGACCUCGGGCGUUGCUUCCCUUGGGUUGUUGGGCGUUAUUGUGUUGAGCAGCUUGAGGCCUGUUAGGAGGUGGUUUUAUGAAGUUUUUUGGAUUGUACAUAUUUUAGCGUUCGUUGCGUUUUUUGUGACGAUUUGUUAUCACACGAUUUAUGCCUCGCCGUGGAUAUUCCCGCCGUUGGCGUUUUACGGUGCGGAUAUACUUAUGCGGAUGUUCAGAGUUCGCAUCAAGGAUGCUUUGCUCGUCCCUAUUGACAAGCAAAUGACGCUAAUCCAUAUCCCACAUUGCACAAGUGGGUGGACGGCAGGCCAACACGUCCGCCUCCGUGUCUUUUUCUCUGGACGGAUCUUUGAGUCUCACCCGCUAACGAUCCUCUCUGCGCCUCCGGACGUGUCAUGCAUCGCUCCGGCUUCUAUGCCGCAAGGGAUCACCCUUGGUGCGAGGGUCAGCGGCGACUGGACGCGGGCGUUGAACGAGCAUGCGUUCAAGGAGGCAGAGGAGAUCAGAGAUUUAAUGAUACCUGAGAAACAGGCCACGGACAAGGAGAAGAAAGUCGAACAAGAUGAUGAUGGCGCGACAAAGUUCCCGGACGUACCUGUGCAGGUUAUGUUGGACGGCCCGUAUGGUGGGUGUAGUGUCGAUCUUGGAGAUUAUGAGAGUGUGUUGCUGUUUGCUGGUGGUGCUGGUGCGACGUUCACUAUUGGGUUAUUGGACGAUAUCGUUGGGAGGUGUGUUAGGCAGAAACGAUUCCGUGGGGAGAAGACGCGGAGGAUCGAGUUUGCGUGGUGUGUUCGGUCAUUCGGUUCAAUUGAAUGGUUCUCCGCCGCCCUAAUGGACAUCGCCACAGCUGCUGCGUCUCCCUCUUCAGGUCUAGAUCUACACAUCUCCGUGUACGUGACGUGCUUGUGUAACCCGGAAGCGAUACCCCCCAUCCCGAACUGCGACGUCACCAUGGUCCGACCGUCGAUAUACCGCGUCUUGAUGGAUUUGAUGACCCCUCCUCCUGCAUGUUCAUCUCCCUCUUCUCCGGUGGUGGACGAAGACGCGGAUGUGGAGCUGGAGCUAGACCCUCCGUCGAAUAAGCUUGCGUGGAUUGGUGCGGGGGGCGGGCUGGCGGUGUGUGCUAGUGGGCCUGAGGGGCUCACGAGAGAGGCGGCGAAUGCUGUUGCGCGUUUGAAGUUGACGAAGGUUGGGUGGGAGGUUGGAUCUGUUGGGCUGCAUACGGAGGUGUUUGCUUUGUGA